GUGCUCAUAUUUGCUUUUGGGGCGAUGGGGCACAGCUACCCAUCGUGCUAUUAAUUAGUAAAUCUUGAUGCUGCGGGUAUGGGUCAAUGGCUGCAGCAGCUUCUUUUUGCAUAGGAGUAACAGGCAAAAGGCAAAGGUAAAGGAUGGCUGCCCUGCUCCCCUGCCACAGGUGAGUGGUGCUCAGAUCUUCUUGGACGGCGGAACCUGGCAAGUGUGAACCUAAGUAGAUGGAUGGGAGCGAUGGUCUCUCUCACACCAUUCGACCUAACCUGGCUGUUUUAUCUUGGGCGCUUUUGUUUUUUCCUUUUCUCUUGCACAUUUUCACACUGAUACUGACACUGACAUUGACAUUGCCAUUGCCAUUCAUUGCCAUUGCCAUUGCCAUUGCCAUUGCCGCUGCCGCUGCCAUUCACACACAUCCACCCAUCCCCCCCAUCGCCCCCAUCCGCUCGUACGCUCACACAUUUUUAUUCCUUUUUCUCUCGCCCCCCUCUCCCCCCUCGAGACCUGCCCUUUUCGCUUGGACUUGAUAUGUUGGCCUAUUUUUAUUCAAGAUGUCACAAAUCCCUCAGUCACCAACUACGACCACAAAGUCAAAACCAAGACCGCUGUCAUUUCAUUCCCAUCGCGUCGUGCAUAACUCCUCCAAGCUCCCAAGGGUACAUGAUGCGCCCGACAUAGUCACACAAAUCCCAUCCGCCUCUAAAACCAAACCAUAUCAUCGCUCAACAUUAUCACAGCCAUCAGCUGACUCCAGUUCGGCGGCGGCUGUAAAUACGUCUACGUCUACGUCUACGUCUGCUUCUGCUUCUGCUUCUGCUUCUACUCCGGCGUCCAAUCUCAAUUCCAACAUGAAUCCCGCCGGUGGUGAGCAGCUAAGCAACAAAAACAGCAACAGUAAUAAUAGUCAUCUCAAUCUGAAACUUAAAUCUUCUAGUUUUGAUUUAAAAUUCACGGGGAAUCAUUCCACUGUUGCGACCCCCUUUAGUCCAACAAAUCAGAACAAUAACAAGAAGGAACCAUUUCGUACCCGGAUAUUGAGUUCAUUCACUGGCAGUCCGGUUAGAGCAGCUUCACCCAAAUCAGCAUCAUCGCGUCGCACAUUAUCGUAUCCCACACCAACGCCAAACAAACCUUCCGCCACGACCAAUCCUCCCGCCAAACUUCAACACGAAACCACUUCAAGGAUUGGCACUUCAGAAAAAAAAGCAAGAAACGUCUUCGCUAACGCCAAUGGCAAGAAUGGAAUAACGGCUGAAGUCGCAAAAGAAACCACUCCGACCAUGUUAUCCCCAGGCGCAUCGUACAUUUCACAAACCACAAAUUGGAUUGCGGAUCAAUCUCAUUUGGAUCAAUCUCCCUCUCCUUCCACAUCCUAUGCCCCUCAAUUGCCGUUGGAGAACAAACCGUCACGACCUGUAACCUUGCCGCCAAGGGGCUUUGCAAACAAUAAAAGAAUGGAACCAGAUCUAGCUGAGAGGGAAUCUGCACUGAGGAGUCUAGAGGGGCGGAACCCUCGGAGAGAAUUGCUAGAUGAGCGAAACUCGGAUGAAGCGGAUUUGUUCUUACAGGUUGCGCAAGAGGAAGACGAUUUGAAUCGCCAGAAGAACCUUCCAGCCUUGAGUAGAUUAGAUUCUAAAAAGUCUCGCAUCGGAAUGCGCCAAUCUCUCCCUGCUCCCAACUUCCGUGCUUCAUAUCUUCGUCGUGAACCUGAGCAGGAAACAAAACCUACAAUUCGCUACGCAGAGGAUGCAGAAAGUUUAGUGCGAGGGUCAGGGGAUAAUUCAUUCGUAAGGAGAGGGCCUCCUUCAACGAUCUCUACGUCGGGUGAACAAAAGAAGCGAUCAUUUGCAGCCGCAUCGCUGUCGACCCCUACAACUCCACGAACGAAUAACCGAGAAGCCGAUUUCGAACCAUAUGCUGGACGACGGCCAUCUUUACAGGACCGAUCGAUCACCGCCUACCGACAAUCCAAUUUGUCCAAUUCGUAUUCCGCUCCCCGAACCACUGCUUAUCAUUCUUCUCCACUUGUUGCGCAACCGAUGGAGAUCAGCGAUCAACAUGAAACACAGCGUGUAACAGAAGGCACUGCAUCGACCGUGUCCACAACUGCACCUUCAACCGUUUGGGACGAAUUGGAUGAUCUAAAAUCGCGCAUACAUAGAUUGGAACUGACGGGCAAAUUACCUACCACAUCCGGUGCAGCAGUCUCGCGAGCCACCCAUGAGCGUCCUCCAACUGCGACCACAACGGAAACUACCAUGUCAACAUCACCCAAACGUGGACGAGGUAAUAGCAUAUCUCCUACUGAAGCUCCUGCUGUGGAUAUGUCUAAAGCCGAAAAUCAUCCCCUCCUACGGUCCGCAUUAAUGAACUCUAAACCUUUGUUGGAUCCCGAAAUUUACAAGUCUUUAGAGGCUACAGCAAAUGAUGCCUUAGCCAUCUCUGCUAUGAUGGGAACCUCUGGUCAACCUGGCCCUAUAUCCAGUUCCCAAUCGGUCAUUGGUGGAGCACAAUCUAACAUUUCUGAUCGACAAGUUCGUCGGAAAGCAGACAGUUUGUGUCGUAGCUUAACGGAGCUUUGUCUUUCAUUGUCAGAAAGAAGAUCAAACGAUCCCGAUACUACACUUACACAGAUUCGACAAAAUAAUCAUGGUCAAGAAACUGAAGUUCGACAGAGUAUAGAGCCUGUCAGUCCAAGGCAGCCUCCUUCUGGCGACGUAGCAAGGUUGAAAGCAAGCCCAAGGUCAUACAGCCGUCUUGAAGCCCGACGAAGCAACCUCCUCGCAACAACUGCGUUGCCAACCUUGAGGUAUCCACCACCCGAGAACACAACACCCGCACAAAGUUUGGCUGCAGGACGUCGCACAUCUUUAUUACUUCGUAAUCGACGCGCUGAAACCGAAGACCCUCAGGAAACAGUUGAGGCUCGAUUUCGAGCACCUUCAAGGGCCAAAACAGAACUUGGACGCAGGGGGGAGAUUCCACGAGACGAAAUGUCACGUCACCCCCUACCCGACGACGAUCCUAGAUCUGGCGCAAUCUCGUCAUCAUUAGCACUUAGGAGAUCUCAUACUACAGCCCUCAGUCCCAACAGGGUGGCACAAUCUUCUUUACUCAACCAAUCCACCCCCGGCAGAAGAUAUUAUGAACGAACACCAGAAAGGGAAAUCCUCAUAAACUCAAGUACGGGUGGCAGUGGUCGUAGAUAUCUUGAGCGAACUCCAGAGAGAGAUACUACAAGUCUCUCGGGAAGAUUGGCAGAAGAACGUGGGCAGAGAAAGGUUUCUGCCCCUUUAACUUUCGCCGCCAGAAGCAGAGCUGGUAGCCUUAUGAGAAGUAGGGAACCAUUGGGCCCUUCGCAAUCUGGUGCUUAUCAAUAAAUUUCAUUUAUGGUCUUACUUGUACAAAGAAAAUUUGGAGUUCUUUACGGUUUAUUUUCAACGCGUUUGCGAACAGGAUUAUUAGGGGAGGAUUUCUUUACAUUAUUUUCUUUUUUUUUUUUUUUUUUUUUUUUAUCACCAUAGGGAGAGAAACAUUUUUUUCAAGAUACCCUGGGUACAAACGAUGGCACGAUUAGAGGGGUUUGAGGAUUACAUAUCAGCGAGGUUACAUAUCAGCGAAAGGGUUGGAGGCAAACUCUCUAGGUACAUAUUGCUGCUUGUCUUGGGCGUGCGGUUUUCAGCCUAAGCUUGGGAAUUUUUUGGUUGCUUGCUUUGUGUAUUUAUACAAUCACUUUGAAUUGUUGCUGGAUAUGGCUAUUCAAUUGGAAUUCCACUUUGGCAUAUAAAGAGAUGGAUCCAUGUGGAUUGGUAGGAGUCUGGUAUUGGAGGUGACAGGUGUCUCGUUUAUGAAUGUAUUAUAUUUUUAUUUUACCAGCGAUAAAUAAAUGUAGAGGUUUUUUUUUUUUGUUCAAAACA